GGGUGCCCUCAGAAAAGCACUGUAAUUUGCCAUCAGAUGUCAUUGCGCCCGCUGCGAACGCUGCAUCGCCUGAAGCCGUGGUGUCGCGCUGUCGUGGAGGUAGCUUCGCAGGACGGCCUCCAGCACAGUCCUUCGAGCAAGACCGCCUUCCAAGCCAGCUGCGGCAAUGGAUCACCCCGGGCGCAGAGCUUUAUGUGAAGAAUCCCAUCUGCUCGCAGAUGGACCAAAUGCUUCUGAAGUGCGAGCAGCCUGAAGCCGUGCUGGCAUUGCUCGUCACGCAUCGGGGCGUAUUCUUCGUGCACAACCUGGUGACCGCCAUUCAGGUUUUGGCGUCCUUGGACGAGGUCAAGGACCCAAUCGCCUUGAAUCGGCUUCUGCGGGACCCAAGAUACGACCUGCUGUUGCGGGACCUGGUCCGGUUUGUUCCCAAGCUGGACUUCCAAGCCAUGACUCACAUCGUGCACUGCCUGCAGCAGUUGGAUCACAAGUACUACGCGCUGUUCUCCCGCAUGCUGCGACCGCUGAUGCAACAGCCCUGCCCCGAUGUGUCAAUUCUGCUUCGGUGCUUGCAGGCCUAUUGCUGGGCGGGCUACCAUCAGCAGAGCCACUUCUUCGGGCACUUCGCAAAUCUGAUGACUGAUGCUGACCUCGAGCUGGAGCAGCUGGUGGAGGGUGUCGUGCUCUUUUCAGGCACAGCGGAGUAUCAGGAGAAGUUCUUCCAUACUGCAGAGCAGCGCCUCUUGCGAGACUUGCCCUUGCUCUCGCCGCACCAGGCGAGCCUUGUGGCCUUAGCCUUUACAGCGCAUUUGCACAGCCACGACCAGCUGUUGGAGGCGGUUGCCGGUCUGGUGCAACUCCAGGCUAUGAGCAUGGAACCUGCAGAUAUCGUUCGAUGCCUGCAGGCCUUCCACAGGGCCGUUCUUUUCUUCCCGGAUGCCGUGCGCGCAGGCCUGGACGCUUGCUCCGUGCCUUUGUACCGCGCCUGGCUGCUGCGGACGCCCUGCCCCGCCUUGGCGCCCACGGACGUGGCGGAGCUACUGGAGAGCGCGGCCUUCUUCGGCAUCCCAACGGAUCUGACCAGAGUAGCCCUCGAGUACUUGGCCGAUCACGUAGAUGCGGUGCCGGAGCGGGCAGCCAUCCAAACUGUCUACGCCAUGUGCAUGACAGGUGCGGUGGCGAACCAUUCCAAGUUGCUGCUCUACCUCUUUCGCAAGAUUGGUGCCGGAACCGCCUGGGAAGCUCAGCGAGUCCGAGUCUUCCAGAUUUGGAUGUCUCAACUCCUUCAGUUCCCCUGGCUGGACGCGCGCCUCAAAAAGCGCUGCAUUGAGACAGGCAUGCGCGCCUGGUGCUUGCACCGGGGCGGCUUCGGGUGCCCGCACCCCGAGGAGGUGCGGGAGGUCUCUGAGGAGCUGAAGAGCAUGGGGGUGGCGCACCAAAGCUUCGUGCACGUGAAGGACACGCCCUAUGAACUGGACGUGGUCAUCGGGGACCGCAAGGCUGCGCUGCUGGUGUCCUCGGAGACAGCGAGGAACACGUUGACGCCGGUGGGUGGCACCCUUUUGCAGAUCAAGCAUUUGCAGGACCGGGGCUGGCGCUUGCUGGUCAUCCCUCGUGUCGCCUGGCGCCGGCUGCCUGCAGUGUCCAGGGCUCGCUAUCUCAGUCUCCUGUUGGAUGGCUUGGCCUCGUCGCAGCAAAGUCUCUCUGCAUCAGAGGUAACAAGACUUCCCGACCCCAGCUGGGAGGAGUGAGCAGCCAGCGUUAAUGCAGGGUCAAGGUGUUUUGAGGGAGAAGGCUGUGCAAUGCAGAUGGAGCUUCACCGAGCAUUCACUGUCUGCCCCAAGAGCCUCGGCCGGAGGGUAGUGCAAAACCAUGCUCAGGA